AGCAGCAAAAUAGUCACAAGAUGAAGAAAAAAAGGUGCUUAAUUGUGCUGAGUUUAAUACUGAGUUUAAUGGGGCAGGCAAUACAGGGCGCUUCAACCCAGUGCAAAUCCACAGAAAUUCUAUCCGAAAACGGUUGCGUGGAUCGCGAAUACUUCUUGAACCGGGUCAUUUUGAGAUCCUGGAAGGAUCAGGGCUUCGAAAAGGCAAAGGCGAGAGCUGGCCUGGUGGAUGAAAUGAAGUGCAAGGAGAACGAGAUCAGGACGCCCUUUGGCUGUUCCAAGCCCCCAUUUCCCCCUCGCAGGGUAUUGCAGCGGGUGGAGGUGCACCACAGCAGACUGGAAAACAAUAGGGUGGUGCACGAUGGUGCGGGAUUUAAGGUACACCACCCAGAGGAAGAAGGAGAACCGAAACCCGUUCGAAAGCGCAGAAAACGGGGCCUUGAGCCACCGAUAACUGGGCACAAUCGGCCACGGUCUUACGUAUUUUUGCCGGGAAGGACUCAAACGAGGAGACACAAGUGCCGAGCAAACGAGGUCCUCGGAAGAAGGAAUCGCUGCAUCCAAAAAAGGCGUGCAGUUAAACAUCAUAAAAAGAAGGAGAAUUCUGAAGAAACAACCUCAACAGAAUCGUAAAAAAGUAAAAAGUAUCCUAUGAGUUCGGCAAUAAAAAAAUGGUUUAUUA